UAGUUGCGACAAAACAGAAAACGUUCUGACGUGUUGGAACACGAACGCUCUUGCUCUGGUUCUGGCUCUUGCUCUUGCUGUGGCAUUCUCCUCUGGCUGUGGCCGCUAUUCUCGCUCAGGAAGAGACGGGCGAAAACAAAAAAGCGAAAAGCCAUUUAAACAUUCUCGCGGACGCAACUGAACGAAUCGGUCGGAACGGCAAAGAACUGAGUCGCAGAGGAUAGCAACAAAGAUACAGAUACUUUUCAUAAAAUCUUAAUUAUUUUUGCGUUUUGCGCUGCGCGAUAUUUGGUUUUCACCCGAUUUCCCCCGCACUGGUUAUGUAAGGGGUGUGUGUUUACUCCUCGCUGAGCAAAACAUUCGUCGGGUAGUCUCCGCAAUGCAAGUGAAGGCAUAGGAAAGUCAAGGUCGCCACCCCAACCACCCCGUUACUGCAGCCGGGGGGGCCAUGUAGACGCGACAAUCGAAAAGAAAUCCAAUUGUCGAAUCGAGCACUGAAGCAUAUAGAAAAUUAACAGCUGGGGAAUGAGAAUGGAUGCAACCUGCCCAAGGGAGGACAAUGCCACAGCGACAGCUGGGGCAGAGUGGCACUGGAUAGCCGACCCCUGGCUGGAAUUGUACCCCAGCUAUCUGAGGAACCUGCAGGCCGUCAUGGACUUGGCCAGCUGGGCGAAUCAGCAGAGCCGUCAUGUGGCAAACACCCUAGCCCAGGACCACAUCUUCGUUGGCGUACUUCAGGUCUCCCUGCUCCUCUUCUUUCUCUACCUGAUGUACCAGCUCCAACAGUGGAGCAGCCGGAGCCCGGAGGAGCCGCCCAGCGUCACGGCCACAGCCGACGUCACGAAGCAGUUGAUCUGCGAGUUCAACUUUGUCUCCGAGCAGGAGAAGCGCGCCGCCCAGGAGGCGGAAACGGAGGCCUUGCUCGAGGUGGAGGAGAAAAAGCGUCGCAAGAGGUUCACCAAGAAGCGCGUCUGCGUCUCAGCCGGGCCCGUUCUCAUCGCAAUCCGCCAGCAGUCGAGGCGUCCCAAACCACAUAGACACCAGGCCUUGGUCUUCGAGCCAAUCUCUCCGAUGGAGCGUGUGCUGGAGAACUACCUUCCGCCGAGAGAGCAGCCAUUGACCAUCAGGCUCACCCAGCAGGAGGCUGUCCCUGUUCCUGCGAAGGAGGAAGAAACAACGGAGCUCCCAGAGUUCAUUUCGGAGCCACGCGGUACUCUGAGCACGACAGACGAGAUCUACCCUGACUCGUCGGACAGCAGCCUGUAUGUGUCGGACGAGGAGCAGGAGGACGCCUCUCAGUAUUGCCGCGGCGGCUACCAUCCGGUGGUCAUUGGCGACAUAUUCGACAAUCGGUUUCGGGUCGUCCGCAAGCUGGGCUGGGGUCACUUCUCCACCGUCUGGCUGUGCCGGGAUCUUAAAGACGAAAAGUACGUGGCUCUCAAGGUGGUGAAGAGCGCCCCGCACUACAUCGAGACGGCCGCAGACGAGAUCCGCCUGCUGGAGGCCAUCCGGGACGCGGAUUCGCUGGACAUGAAGCGGGAGCGCAUCGUGCGGCUGAUGAAUCACUUCACUGUGCGCGGCGUGAACGGGAUGCACACGUGCCUGGUGUUCGAGGCACUCGGCUGCAGCCUGUACAAGCUGAUCGUGAAGAACAACUACCAGGGACUGGCCAUCGCCCAGGUGCGCAACAUCAUCAAGCAGGUGCUCGAGGGUCUGGACUACCUGCACAGCAAGUGCAGCAUCAUCCACACGGACAUCAAGCCGGAGAACAUCCUCCUGGUGAUUGACAAUGCGGCAGCGAUGAACCAGCAAAUCGACGACGAGAUCAACAGUCUGCGCGUGAAGGGAGCCGACUUCCCCGACUCGUACAUCAGCUCCAUCGAGAAACAGACCAAGACGCGGGCCAAGUGGCCACUGAUCGAGCCUAACGGAUCGACGAACACCAACACGAACACUAGCAACAGCACGGGCAACACCUCGACCUCUUCGACGCCGCUGGCAGCGGUGGCCAUGUCCUCGCUGGAGAAGGACGACACCACCACCUCGUCCACCCUCAACUCAAACACCACUUCCUCGCUGGCCUCCAAGUACUCGAGCUUGCUCGGCGACAGCGAGUGCAACGGCAUCGGCGGUGGCGUUUGCCUGGUCGGGGGUCUGGGUGGUGGCGUCGAGAGUCCCAUCCUGAACAACCGAUAUCGAACCGAGAAGAAAAUCACUGCCAAGCUGCCCAGCUCCAACUCCAACUCCAACUCCAAUUCCAACCCCAAGCCCGCCUCCACCAACAGCUCCUGCCCCUCCUACAACGCUCCUACAACGAAUAUCAACCCAAAGAUCAACACAAAUACUCAAAGCACGUGCACGUCCAUGCCCAGCGAGUACACCAACAACCAGAACUGCCCCUCCACAAACGCCACAUCGGCCACUCCUAGUGCAACUCCUGCCUUAGUUUCCACCACCGCCUCAGCCACAGCCACAGCCACAGCCACAGCCACAGCCAUGCCCCCCAGCACGUGCACGUACUCGUUCACGCAUCUAGCGCCAACAACAACGACUCCAACUGCAACAACUGCAUCUGCAAGCACAGAGCUGUACAAUGGCGACCAUACAUCUACAACUACAACCAACGCGACCUCAACUACAACAACAACAACAACAACAACAACCACAACUGCAACCACAACUGCAACUGCAUCAGCAAACACAUCCGCUAAACUAAAUGUCCAUGCCAAUGCCAUUCCUUCGCAGAACCAGAGUCAGAGUAGCCAGAACAACACUUACACGAUACAGUCGCUCAUCAGCAACAGCAACGUGCGAGUGAAGAUCGCGGAUCUGGGCAACGCAUGCUACGAUUACCAUCACUUCACCGAGGACAUACAGACGCGGCAGUAUCGAUCGAUCGAGGUCCUGCUGGGGGCACCCUACAACUAUACCGCCGAUAUCUGGAGCACCGCCUGCCUGGCCUUCGAGCUUGCCACCGGUGACUAUCUGUUCGACCCACACGCUGGCGAGUCCUACAGCCGAGACGAGGACCACUUGGCGCACAUCGUCGAGCUGCUUGGCUCCAUUCCGCAGUCGGUGAUACUGCGGGGCAAGCACGGACUCAAGUACUUCACCAGUUAUGGCAACCUGAGGAACAUCACCAAGCUGAAACCCUGGAGCCUGAUGAACGUGCUCGUGGAGAAGUACGACUGGGACCCGGUGGAAGCCAAGAAGUUCUCCGACUUCCUGCUGCCCAUGUUAGAGUAUAAUCCCGUCAUUCGCGCCUCGGCUGCCGAGUGCCUGCAGCAUCCCUGGCUCGAGCAAGAGGAGUUCGUCUAGGGGAGAGCGCUGGAGAGGCAACAGAGGGCAGACUCAUAUACCCAUGAAUAAUGCAUAACAUACGUAUUUCGUACUCAUAUUUCUAGGCUUAAAUUUUAUAUGCGACCCAGUUUGUUAUAAACGAGAAAUUAUAGUUGAUAGCGUUAACAGCGGAAACGGAAACAAAUCUCUAGAGUUAAAGGAUUCGAUACACACACACACACACAAACGGAAACACACACACGUACAUGACUGGACAGGAGAGGAGAUGUGGAGGAGCCGUCUGGAAUUUUUUAAGCUAUUUUCAUUUGGAACACAAUUUUUGUACUCGAGAGCUUUAAACGUAAUUGCUAAAGAGCGAUUUUAUUUUUAACAAAACAAACAAUGAAAACGAAAGCGAGAAAAUGCGCAAAUCCUUUUCACGAUUUUAUUUCAACUGCGUACAUAUAUAUACACAAACAUAUAUACAUAUAUGCACAAAGUAUAUAUACAUAUAUAUUUUAUAUUUGAAGAGAAACCAGUUAAAAUUAAAAGACAAUGACGACAAUUUUGAAGUCAACAGAUGCCUAAACUGACUGACUGAAAUGGAGAACACUUUCAAGCAAAGACACCCCAA